AUGCAGUCGGAACCUCAAGCCAAAGGCUCAAAGCAGCAGCGCUCUAAGCCAAUCAAAAGGCGUGCCCGAAUCGCAUGCAGACCGUGUCGAGUCCGCAAGGUCCGAUGCGAUGUUGCUUUGCAUGGCACGCCUUGUAUCAACUGCAAACUAGACGACCGGGAAUGCACCAUCUCGCCAAACGCGAGAAAACUCAGUUAUCUCAGCCCAGGGCAAAAUGUCUUGAAACUUGGAUCAAAUCAGUCGCAACCACUACCUCUUCCUCUCGUCCAGCCCUCCACCCUUCAACCACCCUCAGAAUCUGAAGUGCAGGACGAUCCAGCCGAUCCCGGGGUUCUCAAGGAUCUUAGUCCUGCAGGAAUUACCGAUGUAAGCGAUGUCAUCAAGCUACCAGUGGAAGUGUUAGAUACUAGUCGGCAGCAAAGUCCACAGUCGGAUCAGGCUUCACCUAGUAUUGGAACUCCAGGUCCAUGUUCAGACCUGACACGGGCCGCCAGACUGCUAUUGGGAGACACUGGCAUGCCGCCUAUCUCAGAGGGUCGUGCAAGCUCCAUUGCCUCUCGGAAAAAUGGGAAUGAAACGUUUGUUCAUUUUUCUCAUUAUCGGUGUAUCGAGGCAUAUGACCUGGACCAAAUCGAUCCGUCGGCUGCUCUACUUCUUGAGGAGUAUGCGUGCUUUCAUGUUCCUCCCAGACCCAUGCUUGAUGAAUUCAUCAGACACUACUUCCUACAUAUCCAUCCAGUACUCCCUGUUAUGGAUGAGGUGGAAUUCUUGGACAUGUUCCGUACGGACACCAUAACACGCCCUUGUCAAGGGCAAGUGCCACUUUUCCUCUUCCACGCCAUACUAUUUCUCGCCAGCUCGUAUGUUUCCUAUGCUAGUUUGCGCAAGCUAGGAUUCGACACAGCACGUGAGGCUCAAGCUGAGUUUUAUAAAAGAUCUAGGUUUCUCUUUGUGAUGUGUCCGUGUACUAACGACGCUGCCGGAGCUCGAUGUGCGCUGAUGCUGACGUAUCACGCACCUUUCACCAGUGAUCGGGCCAGUGCUUUUUGGCUAAGCCAAGGGAUUGAAUACGCUAAAAGAGCUGGGGCUCAUUUAUACUCUCAUAUUGAAGAGAACUCACGCGAAAAGGCGUCUCUAAAACGUCUAUGGUGGUGCUGUAUAUUGCGUGAUCGGAUCAUGGCGCUGGGACUCCGACAACAGCUGCAGAUCAGGCCUACAGAUUUCGAUUUCUCUCUACCAGGACUGGACCAAAACGACUUUAAGGAUGAGAUGAGACUUUCUAUGGUAUACGAUUCGACAACUAAAGUCAUCUUGGUACACCUAAUUGGAGUGCUGUGCGAGCUAGCCGUCGUGCUAAACGGCGUUCUCACAGUUCUUGAUUUGGGAACAUCCUUGAAAGCAGAUCAAUUCCCGACAGGGUACGAGGAUACUAUGCGGUGGUCCCGCGAGCUCGAUAGAUGUUACCACAACACUGCGAAGGCUUUUCUCUGCCACCAUAGUCUCCUGCUCCUUACAGUGGGAGAGUGGAAGCAAGAUGACCUGGACAGCCUUCAGCUACAAGCGCAAAUGGGUAUGAUUGAAUCUCUACGCAGCAUAACCGAUAAUCUAUUUGAAUUGGAGCACAUGGGUCUUUCUCAAUUUUUACCUAACACUUUCAUCGGAUUCUCUGCUUUCCCGUUUAUCUGGUACUUACUUGACGUGAGAUCAAAGCCUGUUAGCUCAUCACACAAGACUCAGAGAGGCCUGAAAGUAUACAUCAAUAUCAUGCGGCAGUUCCGAUCAAGGCUCGGACCCACUACACUGCAAAUCCACGUGGACCACAUAUAA